GUCUUCAAAACAAACUGAGGAGACAGAUAUUUUGGUACCACUACCAGAGAGAUAAAAUGGGCACUCUAACUCUCUUCCCUCUCUCACUCUCUUUUCCUCUUCGACCACCUUUUCUUUCCCCUUUAAAAUUCCAUGUCUCCAAUUCCAUUUUCUCGCCGCGCAUAUCUUCAGCUGCUCUGAAAUCAAGGAGAUCUAGUAGCAGAAUUGUUGUGGGAGGCAAUUCAAGCGACUCGGAGAAGUCGCAGUUCUUGGAUGAAAAUGGAGUAGUUGAUGAUAUGGACGGCUAUCUCAACUAUCUUUCUCUUGAAUAUGACUCUGUUUGGGACACUAAACCAUCCUGGUGCCAACCAUGGACAAUUACAUUGACUGGAGUAUUAGCAAUUGCCUUUAGCUGGCUCAUAUUGCAAUCAGUUGUUGUCACGGCACUCGUAUCGUUACUAAUAUGCGCAUGGUGGUACAUAUUUCUGUAUUCUUAUCCAAAGGCAUACACAGAAAUGAUUGCUGAGCGAAGGAAGAAAGUGACAAACGGAGUUGAAGACACAUUUGGUUUGAAGAAGAUCCAAUAAUUUUGAUCAACAUGAAAAAUGCUAGCUUUCCCUCCCCUUUAUAAGAGGAUAUGUCAAGUCCGUAGAGGGAAAGAAGGUUUUGGUUUCACAUGAAUGAAUUUCAAGGAAAACUAACCAAUCAUGCACCAGAAAAGGAUUGUAGUAGGCUAGUGGUGUAGACUUUUUUUUACCCAAGCGAAUUUUAUUUUUACCAACAAAAUGAUGUAAAACUAUUUUCUUAUGCAUAACGCUUGUUUAUGUGUGCAAAAAUAUAUCGAUGCUUGUAUAGAACAAGAAAGCUUCAUUCAUUUUCCACAUAAGGGUUAAGCAUUCUAUUUUGUGAAGUUA